AUGGUUGUGUUUGUACAACCGCUGUUAAAAGUUCACGGGCCUUUGAUCAAAUCAAAGGUGUACAAUCGUCAAAUCAAAGGUGUACACUCAUCAAAUCAAAGGUGUACAAUCGUCAAAUCAAAGGUGUACAAUCGUCAAAUCAAAGGUGUACAAUCAUCAAAUCAAAGGUGUACAAUCAUCAAAUCAAAGGUGUACAAUCGUCAAAUCAAAGGUGUACAAGAUCAAAUCAAAGGUGUACACUCAUCAAAUCAAAGGUGUACAAUCAUCAAAUCAAAGGUGUACACUCAUCAAAUCAAAGGUGUACAAUCAUCAAAUCAAAGGUGUACAAUCAUCAAAUCAAAGGUGUACAAUCAUCAAAUCAAAGGUGUACAAUCGUCAAAUCAAAGGUGUACAAUCAUCAAAUCAAAGGUGUACAAUCGUCAAAUCAAAGGUGUACAAUCAUCAAAUCAAAGGUGUACAAUCGUCAAAUCAAAGGUGUACGAUCGUCAAAUCAAAGGUGUACGAUCAUCAAAUCAAAGGUGUACGAUCGUCAAAUCAAAGGUGUACGAUCGUCAAAUCAAAGGUGUACGAUCAUCAAAUCAAAGGUGUGCGAUCGUCAAAUCAAAGGUGUACAAUCAUCAAAUCAAAGGUGUACAAUCAUCAAAUCAAAGGUGUGCGAUCAUCAAAUCAAAGGUGUGCGAUCGUCAAAUCAAAGGUGUACAAUCAUCAAAUCAAAGGUGUACGAUCAUCAAAUCAAAGGUGUGCGAUCGUCAAAUCAAAGGUGUACAAUCAUCAAAUCAAAGGUGUACAAUCAUCAAAUCAAAGGUGUACAAUCAUCAAAUCAAAGGUGUGCGAUCGUCAAAUCAAAGGUGUACGAUCAUCAAAUCAAAGGUGUACAAUCAUCAAAUCAAAGGUGUACAAUCAUCAAAUCAAAGGUGUGCGAUCGUCAAAUCAAAGGUGUACAAUCAUCAAAUCAAAGGUGUACAAUCAUCAAAUCAAAGGUGUGCGAUCGUCAAAUCAAAGGUGUACAAUCGUCAAAUCAAAGGUGUACGAUCAUCAAAUCAAAGGUGUACGAUCGUCAAAUCAAAGGUGUACGAUCAUCAAAUCAAAGGAUCAUUAUCAUAUUAA